AUGACCGCGCACCCGUUUCCCGGCGCUCUGGGGGACGACGAAGGCUGGCAGCACGUCGAGUCUAAACACGGUGGCUACUCGAUCUUCAACAAGCACAUCGAGCGCUCGCAGCAGGACGACCGCGAGUACAGGCUCAUCCGCCUCGAUAAUGGUCUCCAGGCCAUGCUCGUGCACGACGCGAAGGCAGACAAGGCCGCGGCUAGCAUAGACGUCGGCGUCGGCCACCUGCACGACCCCGAUGACAUGCCAGGUCUCGCGCACUUCUGCGAGCACCUGCUAUUCAUGGGCACCGAGCAAUUCCCCAAGGAGAAUGAAUAUUCGGAGUAUCUCUCCAAAAACAGCGGUCAUUCAAAUGCUUUCACUUCCACGAUGAACACCAACUAUUACUUCAACGUGGCACCCGGUGCUCUAGUCGGCGCGAUCCAGCGCUUCGCAGGCUUCUUCCACUCUCCAUUGUUCGAUCCCUCGUGCACAUUACGCGAGCUCAACGCAGUCGACUCGGAGCACAAGAAGAACCACCAGGCAGAUCUAUGGCGUAUUUACCAGGUCAACAAGACACUCUCGCGCCCUGGCCACCCGUGGAACAAGUUCGGCACCGGAAACAAGGAAAGCUUGACGCGAGUUGGACGUGAUCUGAAGGCCAAGCAGACGGCUUCGAGUGGCAAUCUGAAGAAGCAGGCGUUGUCGGCAGCUUCAUCGGCCGCACAGAGUCUUGCUCCGUCGGCCGUACCUUCGCGUGCAGCAUCCCCCGCGCCUUCCGUCAGCUCAGUCUCGAGCGACGUCGAAGCGGAUGGAGGUGUCGUCGGUCGUGAGACGCGCCGUCGUUUGGUCGAGUGGUGGAGCAAGGAGUACUGCGCUGGCCGUAUGCGCCUUGCUGUCAUUGGCAAAGAGUCGCUCGAUGAUCUCACCGAGCUCGUUGUCAAGAACUUCUCGCCGAUUCUCAACCGCGCCCAGGAGCCUCUACCGCUCAUUCUCCAGAACCCGUUCGGAGAGAACGAGAAGGGUACCUUGGUGUCCGUUCAGACGAUUAUGAACUUCCAUUGUAUGGAGAUAUCCUGGCCUAUGGACUGGCAGCCUCCGCUCUGGCAGACCAAGCCGGGCUUACACCUGUCGGAUUUACUCGGCCACGAAGGACCUGGUUCACUGCAUUCGUACCUUAAGUCGAAGGGCUGGAUUACCGAACUCGUCGCCGGACCGCAAGCACUGGCUCGUGGUUUCCAGAUGUUCCGCGUUACUCUACACAUGACGGCCGAUGGCUUCCAACACUACCGCGACCUCAUGCUUGCCGUCUUCAACUAUAUCUCUCUGCUUAAGUCCUCCACGAUGGAGUUGUGGCAUCAACACGAGCUCGCGCAGAUCAGCGAAAUCCGCUUCCGCUUCCAAGAGAAACGUCAGCCACAGGACACCGCUGUCUCGCUCAGCCAGCAGCUCGCUAUGCCGUAUCCUCGCGAACUCGUCAUGAAAGCCGGUACCGUGAACUUCCCCUGGGACAGCGCGGACGGUGAGGGUCUCGCUGCUGCCCAACGACUACUCGCAAGCUUGAAGGUCGAGGAGUGCAGGACGGUGCUCAUGGGAAGGAAAGACGAACACGACAAGGUGGCCGGAGAGCAGGAAUGGUUGACGGAGCCGAUCUAUGGGACGCAGUACCGUGUUCAGCGGUACGACGAGGAGUUCAAGCGUGAAGCUGUGGCACCAAACACGAACGAGGCAUUUGCGCUGCCCAAGCCGAAUGACUUCAUUCCGCAGAACCUCGAUGUUGAGAAGAAGGAUGUUCCUGAGCCCGCGAAGCGCCCGCAUCUGAUCAAGGAGACGCCGUUGUACUCGCUCUGGCACAAAAAGGACGACCGGUAUUGGGUCCCCAAGGCUCACGCGCUCAUCGAACUUCGUACCCCCGUCGCCAACGACUCACCCAGGCAUAACGUCCUCGCCAAGCUCUACACCGAACUCGUCACCGACUCUCUCACUGAGUACGCCUACGCGGCCGAUCUCGCUGGGCUUGCAUACAACUUCGUCAGCUCUUCGAUGGGCGUGUACCUGUUCCUCAGCGGGUACAACGAUAAGUUGCAUGUGCUGCUGAAGGCUAUCUUGGAGAGGGCGAAGACGUUGCAGGUCAAGCAGGAUAGGCUCGAUGUCAUUCGGGAGCGCUUGGAGCGUGACUGGAAGAACUUCUUCCUCAAUCAGCCAUACAAGAUGUCGGACUAUCAUGGGCGGUAUGCGAUGAAUAAGAACCAGUGGACCGUGGACGAGAAACUGGCCGUUCUUCCCACGCUCACUAUCGCCGAUGUCCAGAACUUCGUUGCCGAGUUCACCUCCAGCUUCAAGGCGCUUAUUCUUGUAUCCGGUAACGUGUACAAAGACGAAGCGCUUCAAUACGCGAAGUCAGUGGAGGAUGUCCUCGGCGGAUCACCACUCUCAGGCCCCGACCCACACGACAUUAUUCUCCUUUUGCCCGAGGGCUGCAACUACGUCUGGGAAGGACCUGUACCGAACAAGGACGAGCCGAAUUCGGCACUCACUUACUACGUUCACUUCGGCGAGCACACUGAUCCCCGCAUGCGCGUGCGCGACUCAUUGCUCACGCAAAUCAUGUCUGAGCCGGCCUUCAACGUCCUCCGCACGAAGGAACAGCUGGGCUACAUCGUCUCUGCCGGUCAAUGGGUCGCGCCCGGAGGGGCCUAUGUGGGUCUGCGCAUCGUCGUGCAGAGCGAGCGUGGGCCGGUAUACCUCGAGAACCGUGUCGAUGCGUUCCUCGACCACAUGAAGGGCGUUCUCGAGGAGAUCCCGGAUGGUGAGUUUAAGGAGCAGAAGCAGGGGUUGAAGAACAAGUGGCUUGAGAAGCCGAAGAAUCUGAGUGAAGAGGUCUCGCGGUACUGGAAUCAUAUCGACUCCGGUUUCCACGACUUCUUGCGCCGCGAGAACGACGCUGCUUUGGUGGACGAGCUUACAAAGGAGGAGAUCCUCGCUCAUUUCAUGAAGCACGUUCACCCCUCUUCGCCCGCGCGCAGUAAACUCUCUAUCCACCUUCGCUCUCAGAAACCCCGUGCAGGCCACAUCUCCCGUCCAGCAGCCGACGCGUUUGAAGCCGCCGCGCGCGACGCAGGUCUACCCGUCGAUGAGAUCGAGUGGCGUGAGCUGUAUGCCGACGGUGAACCCACCGCAGCUGAAUUCGGCAAAUUCUGGCAGAGCCAACCUGCUCUGGGAAGCGUCGCUCCCCCGGUUGCGGCACAGCUACUAGGCAAGAUGCAAGCACUUGUGCUCGAGUUUCCAGCUGAGAAAGACGCGGAGGGCGUGUUAUCUGAGGGUGUGACUAGGAUCAAGGAUCUCGAUGCGUUUAGGAGGGAGCUGAGGGAGGCGCCGGUGCCGAAGAUGCCGCUUGUAGAGUGGAAUGAUCUGCCUGCACCACAUCUGUAG